AUGGCUGGCGAUGAUGCUACGCGUUCCCACCCCUCUAAGCUCGACACAAACGAUGCACCUAUUGUGGUAUUACCGAGCGUGGGCGAUAGCCAUCUGUUGACAGGCAAGAAAUUGUCCAUUGCAUUUGGAGCAAUGCUACUGGCCCUGUUAUUAAUCGCGCUGGACCAGACUAUUUUAUCAACUGCUCUACCGCGCAUAGCGUCAGACUUCAAUGCGUUCUCACAACAAGGCUGGGUCGCCGCCUCGUUCGUCCUCACGCAGACCACUUUCAUCCUCUUCUUCGCCCAAGUCCUUCGCCUCUACCCAGCCAAAUAUGUGCUUCUAGCAGCUGUGGUAAUUUUUGAGGUUGGAUCAGCCUUGUGUGGUGCCGCCCAGGAUGUCAACACACUUAUCGGCGGACGUGCGCUCUCUGGUGUCGGUGCCGGCGGCAUUCUCACUGGUAUCCUCCAAGUGAUGGCUCAGGCUACCCGAUUAGAGGAUCGACCCAUGUUGUUCAGCCUUUUCGAAUCAGUAUUUGCAUUUGCCUCAAUCAUUGGGCCCCUUGUAGGUGGUGCUCUCACGGACCAUGUUACCUGGCGGUGGUGUUUCUAUAUUAACUUACCCAUUGGCGGCGUGUCUAUUGUAGCGAUUAUAUUGCUCCUUGACGCUCCACCACCGCUCGGAUCCGAAGGCUAUGAUCGCUCAUUUAAGACCAUGUUGUGGCGCACGGCUGCCUUGGACUGGAUUGGCGCUAUACUCAGUCUGGGUGCCGUCACAAGUCUUGUUCUAGGCCUCCAGUGGGGCGGAAACGAAAAGGCAUGGAGAAGUGCAGAAGUUAUUGCAUGCCUUGUUCUUGCACCUGUGCUGACAGUUGUGUUCAUCUUUUGGGAGCGAUAUAUGGGGGAUGGGGCUAUGGUUCCGUUGGCAAUCUUCAAGAGCCUGUCUAUUUACUCAAUCUGCUCCUUUGCGAUCUUCAACCGCUUCAUCUACUUGAUCUUCACAUACUAUAUUCCGAUCUACUAUCAGGCAGGCCGACACCAUUCGGCGACGAAAAGUGGCGUGGACCUACUCCCGCUCAUGCUCUCAGUCGUCAUCUCGAUUGUGGUGUCUGGACAACUCGUCGGUCGCUACGGCCGCUAUUGGCAGUUCUUGGUCGGCGGGCCGGUGAUUGGCGCCAUCGGUUCUGGACUAAUGUACACUGUGACCGCGUUGCCCUCAAAUGAGGCUGUGAUCGGCUACCAGAUCCUCGUCGGCAUCUGCAUCGGCACUACUCUGCAGAACAUCCUGUUUGCCAUGCAGGCUGAGUUCGAUGACACACCAAAGCUGAUCAGUCAGGCUACCGGUAUGGUGAACUUCUGCCAGUUCCUCGGUGGCACGAUUGGUCUCGCCAUCGCCGAAGCCACUUUCUCGUCCGAACUCGCGCGAAAUCUGCGCGAGUACGCGCCAGACGCGCCUUUUGCAGUAAUAGAGCAGUCCCCGCUAUCGAUCUAUACCGCGGUUCCAGAGGCACUGGUCCCUAAAGUCGUGCGUGCGUAUGUCAAGUCCCUCUCGGUUGUCUACAUCAUCGGCGUUCCAGCGAACGUUCUCUCGCUGGCAUUCGCACUCUUCAUCUCGAAUAUCAACAUCAAGAAGAAGCCGGAAACAGAAACAGAAAGCAAUAUGCCGCGCGGUGACGUGACAGGAGAGCGGCUAAUGACCUCCGACGGGCAACCGCCUAUGGCGGAAAAAACUUGA